AUGGUAGGGGGAAAGGAGGCUUCCUACAGCUUCUCAAACGGUGCUGUCUGCCGCAACUAUCACCGGCUACCGAGAUACCCUGACGACCGCAAAGUCGUACAAGUCGAAGAGGAUCCAUCAACUAGCAGAGCUACUCCUCCGGGCGCCAAGUCUCAACCACACCAAAGAGAGACAGAACCAAACACGUCCCCUGAAGUACAACAAUACUCAUCCGCCCACGACUUACACCCAACUACAAGCUUCAUAAUGUGCCAAUACUACGCUCACGCCUUCACGUGCAAGCACCUCUCCUUCACGUUCGCCCGCUUCUGUCAACCCGCGAGCCUCAUCCAGAAACCCUGCGCCAAACGGCAGGUAUGGCAGACCAUUGGCCUCGACGACGCCUGUGAGGAGUGCUUGACUUGGUUCCCUGACCAGUACCCGUGCCGGAGACCGCGGUAUCAGUGA